AUGGUCGAUGGAGACAUAGAGAAGAGAAGGAAAGGAAGGGGUGUAUGCGAGCACGGGCGGGUCCGGUCGGUAUGCAAGGGAUGCGGGGGCAGCAGCAUAUGCGAGCACGGGCGGGUCCGGUCGAGGUGCAAGGGAUGCGGGGGCAGCAGCAUAUGCGAGCACGGGCGGCAGCGAUCGGUAUGCAAGGGAUGCGGGGGCGGGAGCAUAUGCGAGCACGGGCGGGUCCGGUCGGUAUGCAAGGGAUGCGGGGGCAGCAGCAUAUGCGAGCACGGGCGGGUCCGGUCGAGGUGCAAGGGAUGCGGGGGCAGCAGCAUAUGCGAGCACGGACAGCAGCGAUCGGUAUGCAAGGGAUGCGGGGGCGGGAGCAUAUGCGAGCACGGGCGGGUCCGGUCGGUAUGCAAGGGAUGCGGGGGCAGCAGCAUAUGCGAGCACGGGCGAGAGCGAUCGAGGUGCAAGGGAUGCGGGGGCAGCAGCAUAUGCGAGCACGGGCGGGUCCGGUCGGUAUGCAAGGGAUGCGGGGGCAGCAGCAUAUGCGAGCACGGGCGGGUCCGAUCGCAAUGCAAGGACUGCGGGGGCGGGAGCAUAUGCGAGCACGGGCGGGUCCGAUCGAAAUGCAAGGGAUGCGGGGGCAGCAGCAUAUGCGAGCACGGACAGCAGCGAUCGGUAUGCAAGGGAUGCGGGGGAGGGAGCAGCAGGUACAAGCAGGCAAGGAGCUGA